UGAAAGAUGACCUAGUUUCGACGCAAAGCUUCCUGUGUAUUCUCUUCCUCCUUAAAAAGAUUAACGUGAUUGAAGAUUCUAACCAGACAAAGACAACAACAAAAAUGGUGGAUCGUUUAAACGUUCGACGCUCUCGAGGUCCCAACUCUCUACGAACGAGCCUCGAUGGACCUCGCUUUUCAACCGCCUCGUCAUGCAUGGGCCCUGCGCGUCCGUCCUUUGCCGAGUCGCCGCCAGUGGACUUGUAAUAUUGUUUUCACUUCUGAUGCUGGUUUUCUAGUGCAUUUACUGUAAAGCUAUUCCGUCUAGUAGAACUUGCUCAGGAUGAUUUUUUCACUGAUGCUGCCUGGUCUUCUAGUACUAUCCGUAUUCACCUUAAAAACAAGCAGAUAUGUUUCUUUCUCGAGUCUUACUUUACUAAUUUUUUGAUCAGCAGCAAGUUGUGCACGACAUCGCACGGUCUGCUGUUUGUAUAAUUCCAAUCCAGCUCCUUCUCCAAUAAUAUCAACAGUGCCGCCGCUUUGUUUCCACCGGAUGAUGGCAAUAUGAUAUCCCCAAGCUUUGGAAACUCGCACUCUCUCUCCGAAGACAAUCACAGCAGUCUGAUCAAUCAGCAAAGUGACGCCGGUGCGCGCUUACUUGGUGCCGCGGGUGCAGCGAGUGGGCUAAUGUUUGGCGGAGCUGUUGGCUCUUCAGCUUCUGUGUCAGCGAUGUCCUCAAGGAGCGUGCCGUCAUCAGCUGGAGGCCGUGGAGGACAGCUGCAAGGUGCCAGAGGUAGCGCAGUGACUGGUCGUGGCCAGGGAGGUCAACUAAAUCAACUACAUCAUGGUAGUUCUUUCGGAAUUAUGCCUCCAGUUAAUCCGAGUAGUCAUAUUGGCACUUUCGGAGGUGGUCCCUCACCAUCUUCGACGUCAAUGGAGGUAGACCCAUACCCUCCAGAUCAACAAGUGCGUUCCUCCGUAUUUGGCGGCAUCGAUAUCUACGGCUCGAUAUUACAACUUUUCCUUUAUCAUGUUAAGGGUCUGCCAUUCUCUUCGGUUCUUGUCUCCUUGGGAUUGUAGUUCCGAAGAAAUGAAGGGAAGAAAUGAAUUGUCUUGAGCUCCUCUCCUAAGAUCUUACUGCGGCUGAGCGUGAGCGUCGAAGUCGAGGUGGCAGUCUACAAAUCGGCGGGGCCCGUGCCUCGACAUCUCGGUCUCCUGAUGUAGUGGGGCAACAGCAAUUUAUUGGACCUCCAGGUGGCGCAUCUUCGUCUUCUUCUAGCUCAGUUGGUGGCCUUAACGGAACUACUGGCAUAAAUGGUGGCCCUGAAGGAGGAAGUGCGCCUCUGUUCGCGACAAGAGGACAGCUGAAUGCAUCGCCAGGAAGUGGCGGAGGAGGUGGAAGAAGUAGCAGUGUGUCUGGAGGUGGGCCUGGUAGUGGACAUGGAGGACAUGGUGGAGCCCCAUCAAACGGUGGCAAUGUUUCCCUACCACCCUUGCCGUCUUCACAGCAGCUAGCGCGGGAACUCGAGACUGCAGCUCAGGAAUUGCGGGCACGAGGACUGUAUCGAGCAACACAAUGGGCGGCGGAGUUGCUGGUUGGUUUAGAUGACGCAGCAAUAAAUGCUGAAGACGAGCACGUUGGAGUUGGCGACGGAGAUCCAAUGUCGCUUUGUGGCAAUGAAGACGGUCCCUCGGCAUCAGUUAGAAAUGGGAAGAUUCAUGCCCGCAUCAACAUCCAAAAGACGAAGAUUUCCGCCGCUGCACGUCGGAUUGUCACCGCCGCAAAAAGCCACUUCGACCUCAGACAGUACAUGCGAGCACACGCACUGCUAUGCAAGGUGCCGGAGAACGCACUUGGGCCUGUAGGGCUGUUCUUGAAGUGGUACAGUUUGUAUCUAAUUGGAGAAAGCCACAAAGAACAGGAGAGCAACGAAGCCGACGCACUUCAACGACCACAGGUGCGUAACCGCGAACUAAAGAAAAUCGAAAGACACUUGUCGGGUUUGAAGUUACGCUCAGGCUCCGUUUAGUUGUAAUGUUGCAUGUUGUCGGAAUAUAUAAUCAUUCAAUAAAGAGCCUCUUCCUCUUAUUUGGACAGGAGUCCGCUCUUUGUUGCAAUUACCUAAGUGCAACUCGUGGCCAUGCAAUGGGUGGCGCGAAGUGUAGCUGAGUUGACACUUCGUCUUCUUCUAACAUUUCGCCAAAUGCUUCUCGAUGCGCACGGGUUGUACCUCCUAGGCGUCGUCCUCAAGGGUCUAGACCGCAUGUUGGAAGCCAGAGAUGCGUUUGGGGAAAGUCUACGCUUGUUUCCCUGGAAUUGGAGUGCGUGGCUGGACUACCUCGCAAUUGUCUUAGACCAUCCCCGAGUUCCGAAUAGUGAUUAUGCUUCGUCAGUCGUCUACUUGUAGUUGUUGCAUUUGAUUAGGGGACGUGGCAUCUCGUCGUUAGUUGUUUUGGAACCGGAAUUCGUCAAUUCGUACUGGGAGAGGGAAGCGUGACCGUUUAGGUUUACGCUCUUUCGUUGACACUGACUACUUGACAGGGACAAACAAAACGUUACGUCCUUCUUCUAAUCUCCACCCGAAGACUGCUGGACGCGCCUCUUUUUUAGAGCAGCGGCAUGCUUAGAGCUGCAGCAAAACGACGAAGCUCUUACCCUUUACCAUCAUUUGCAGACCCGGUUUCCGAGUUCGACGUAUAUUCUUGCGCAAAUCGGUGUCGUGGAGUAUAACCGGAAAGACUAUGAAGAAUCCCUAGCGACUUUUCACCGGAUGCGAACCCUCGAUCCUCACAAACUGGAAUCUCUGGACACGUAUUCCAAUAUCCUGUACGUCCAAGACAACGCGCCAGCGCUGGGACAUUUGGCGAAACUUAUGGCAGGACCAGGAGUGGUUAUUCUUGUCUUAUCGAUUUUUCUUGUUCUAGAUCCUUAAUGUUAAUCCUAUGAAGAUCUUCUACUUUAUAACUUUUCUACUUAAGUACUUACCUUGUUCUAUUUCCUCAUCUGCUCGUCUGAGCGAGCGAAUAUCGCUCAUCUCCUCGUUUCCUAUGCGUAUGGUGCCUACCGUCUCUAAUGCAAAAGCGGUCCGAUGUGAUAAGUACACGCCAGAAGCGUGCUGCAUCAUCGGAAACUAUUUCUCUCUCAAAGGCGAAAACGAGAAAGCUGUUAGGUACUUACCAUGUAGUCUAGUGCUUCCUUGUCGGCAAAUCUGAAUCUGUCUGCUGCUUCAAAAACAUAUUGCAUUUUACAUGACGAGUUACUCGAAACCUGAAAAUAACCGAGUUACUGACUGAAAUAAGGGAGGUAGCUCUGACAGGGCUACUCUUCCUUGUCAGUAGUUACUCGCUUAUUUUCAGUAGUUACUCGCUUACUUCAGUUUAUCGAAAAGUUACUGCAGCUCAACAUUAACAUCAGUGUUGCAACAUCUUACAUGACGAGUUACUGAUUCUGCAGUUCAAGAUUAACAUCAGCUCAUCAUGGAAAUGCAAGACUCCUUCUAAAUGCGUGGUAUCUCAUGUCCACCGGCAACCCUGUGCGCCUGCUGCUGAAAAUGCCUACUUUGGCCGCAGAGAAUCUCAUUACCACCGGCAGGUCGGUCCCGCCACAACCAACUAUCCAGACCCUAGUAGAUCCUAGAUUGACCGCAAGUAUCGAACUCCUGUUUGUUCCAACAACUCCUUUGCCUCUCCUCCUCGACAUCAGUUACUUCCAUCGAGCCUUGCAAUUGAAUCGGCUGUUUACGCCUGCCUGGAUACUGAUGGGACACGAGUUCAUGGAGAUGAAAAAUUCCGCUCUCGCUGUUGACGCUUACCGAAGUGCCUUGUCCAUAAACAAGAGAGAUUAUCGCGCAUGGUACGGAAUGGGACAGGUACAUCAAGAACAACGGGAAACUUGUCUUGGCUGUGAUAUCCGGUGUGAUGUAAUCUUCAGGUCAUUUAAUUGUCUGGAAAUAUAAAUAAUCAAUCUUGUCAACAUCAACAUAUCAACUAUAUUUAAAUAGCUUCUGUACUAGUUCCCUGCUAACGACCCUAGUAGCAUUUUCACUAUCUCAUCAAUGUCUUCUACUUUCGUGAACUAAAAAACUUCUUAACACUUCCGCCACAUCGACCAGGUGUACGAGCUCCUAAACCUUUACCAUUAUGCUAUCUACUACUAUCGGGAAGCGCUAGCAUUGCGAGCGACCGAUGCUAGGAUGUGGAACGCUUGUGCUGGUUGCUACGAGAGCAUGGGCCAGAAAGGCGUUGCCCUGAAGUGCUUCGAGCGUGCUUAUAGUCACGGAGACUCAGAGGGAUUAGCAUUGCCGAGACUCGCGAGAUUACAUGGUACUAGUACUAAAGGUCGUUUUUGUUCCAGAUUUAGAAAAUCCAUUCUAGUGUGAAGAUGUUGAAAGAACUGACACCAAAGUUGCUCCAACAUCAUCACAGCCGAAGACCCUGAUGGCGAAGACGCCGCUGCGACGUAUUACCAGGAAGUGCUUCUACAGGGUGGCGCGGAAGCCCUAGAGGCAGUGCGAUAUUUGAUGGGGUACUGCAUGCGCAACGAUCGUCUAGAGGAAGCGGCAGCUUUCGCAAGGCAGCUGCUCGAUACUGGCGACAGAGAGGAAGCAAAGAACUUGCUGAAGUUAAGAAAGGAUGUUGAUGUUGCUUGUGUGAAAGUGAAAUCCGUCUGCCUGCGGCUGCUCUGCAUUGUACUAGUGCUGGAACCAUAAUUAUAUUGUAAGAUGAAAUAAGAAUUGUGAUCCUUGGAAUGGCUGGAAAAAAAAAAUCUAGAAGUCACGAGAACAACAUGGUGGUGAUGGAUUUCACCUAGAAAAUGCUCGUCCUCUAAUCAAACAGCUGGAAGAGCAUCAAGGCUCAUCUUCGUCAGGAGAGAUGGUAGGGGAUGAUGUAAUACACGAAGAUGGUGAUGGCGUAAAUUUUGAAUUUGGAGAAUAAAGGUGUCUGGAGUCGACAUCUUCUUUUCAAUUCUUAACUUCGACUUCCAGAGAAGUCAUCAUAAUUUCAUCAUCGACGAGUUUAGAGAAACGAAAGACGUUCUUGUUUUUCUCAUCCUUUCACUGCAAAAAAUGCAAUUGCAUAGAAAGUAAGCGAAAGCAGGAGCCCAGAAUGAUGCUGAUGGGCCACGACAGGGUCGUAAUAUUUGUUUGUUGUGUCCUCUGUCGUGACAGUGAAAC